AUCUAAAAUGUAAAUAAAGAAGAAUUGAAGGAGGGGAGGACGGGUUUGCCCAAUUGUGGCAGAGAGAGAAGAGGCGUGGAGAGAGGCCAACUACCGCGUUGUUUUGUUUCUGGUGUGCAUAGAAUUCUACCAUUGCACCUAACCCCUGCACUAGGCAGUAGGCCCACCUUAUACAGCAAAUGUACAGAACUAACCCUUAUCAUUUCUGAAAUAAGAGCGUGGUUAUCAUCAUCCUCCCCACGAGAGAAAAAAAUGUCUUGGUUUUGGAGAGAAGAGUGGUGGUGAAUCCGGUGAUCAUAGUCAUCCAAGAGAAGGGGAGAACGAUGGAGAGUCAGAGUCAGAGUCAGAGUCAGAGCCUGAGCCAGAGCCAGGGCCAGAACCCCUCCAAUAAGACAGCUAUUUUGGAUGCUCCCAUACACGCCAUGGGUUUCCAGCUUGAGGAAAUAUCCCCAACCAAGGUCUCCGGUCGCCUUCCUGUUACCUCCAAGGCUUGCCAGCCAUUUAAGGUGCUACACGGAGGGGUAUCGGCGCUGAUCGCAGAGGCGCUGGCCAGCAUAGGAGCACACAUGGCUUCAGGAUACAGAAGGGUGGCUGGGAUUCACCUCAGCAUCAACCACUUGAAGCGUGCGGACCUGGGGGACCUCGUCUAUGCAGAAGCCACCCCCGUUAACAUCGGCAACACCAUCCAGGUAUGGGGCGUCCAGCUCUGGAAGAUUGAUCCCUCAAACUCAGAAAUCAAGACCCUGAUUUCAUCAUCUAGAGUUACUCUUGUAUGCAACAUGCCGGUGCCGGAGCAUGCUAAAGCUGCCGGUGAAAUUCUCAAGAAGUUUGCAAAAUUAUGAGCAUCUUGUUAAAUGAUGGUUUCAGUUGAAGUGUAGUUGUAUUCGAUCUUUUAUGACUUGUUAUCUAUGGUCAGACCCUGAAUAAUCUCUGCAAACUGUCCAUGGUGCUAAGCUAAAGAUGCUUUCAUGAAUGGACCCAUGUAUGUAAUUACAAAAUACGAUCUGUUCAGUAUUCUCCA